AUGGGGUCCUUAAACGUGAACCGAAAUGUGGCGGACGCGUUCUACCGCUACAAGAUGCCGCGCAUCUGCGCCAAGGUCGAGGGGAAGGGGAAUGGCAUCAAGACUGUCAUCGUCAACAUGAUUGAGGUGGCCAAAGCGUUGGGACGACCUGCUACGUAUCCGACCAAGUACUUCGGUUGUGAGUUGGGAGCUCAGACGCAGUUUGAUUUCAAGAAUGAGCGUUUCAUUGUCAACGGAAGCCACGACUCUUCGAAACUGCAAGAUCUUCUCGAUGGCUUCAUUCGCAAAUUCGUGCUGUGUCCGGAGUGCGACAACCCAGAGACGGAGCUGAUAGUGUCGACGAAGCGCAACACGAUAUCGCAGGGUUGCAAGGCUUGCGGGUACCACGGCCAGCUGGACUUCAACCACAAGCUCAACACCUUCAUCCUCAAGAACCCUCCGGCGGCAGACCCGGCCAUGCAGGGCUCAUCUCUAACGGAAGGCAACCGUGGAAAGAGAUCCAAGCGAAGUGGACCAGCCGCUAACGGAAACCACGAUGGAGAAGCAGAUGCUAAAAACGAAAGUGACGCCCCCAUAACCCCGACCGCGCCCAACCCCAGGAAAGAGAAGAAGGAGAAGAAAAAGGAUGACGACGACGACGAUUGCAACUGGACCGUCGACGUGAGCGAGGCUGCCGUUAGGGCUAGGAUGCAAGAUCUGACGGAGGGCGCAAAGUGUAUGACCGUGUCCGAAGACAGCGAGAAGAACGAAAAGCAGCGUAUGGACUUGUUCUACUCUUUCCUCAAGCAGAAGGCGGACGCUGGAGAUCUGCAAAGCAAGGCCAUCAAUGAGAUCAUUCACGAAGCCGAGAGGCUCGACGUCAGGUCCAAGGCGCCGCUGGUGGCGUUCGAGAUCCUGGUGCGGGCCAACAGCCUGUCGGGGGACGUGCGCAAGCACCGCACGCUGCUGCUGCGCCUCGGGGCCCUCGACCCCCGGGCCCCUCGCGCCGCCCUGCACGCGCUCACGGCCCUCGUGCACCACAACCCCACGCUCCUGCCGCGCGUGCCCGCCAUUCUCAAGCUCUUGUACGAUCUGGACAUAGUAGAAGAAAAGACCAUCAUCGAAUGGGGCGCGAAGCCUUCCCGCAAAUAUGCCUCCAAGGAGGUCGUGGCGGAUAUCGCUCGUCGCGCACAACCUUUCAUCGACUGGCUCCAGCAGGCCGACGAGGAAGACUCCAGCGAAGACGAAGAGGACAUCGAGAUUGAAUACGACGACCGCGCAAAGGCGACUCCCAUAAAGGCGGUCAGUGCGGCUCCUCCCAAACCGGCGCAGAAAGACGAGGACGGAGACAUCGACGUCGACAUCGAUGCCAUAUAG